AUGGCAGGACUUCCGGCCGAAGUCUGCAGCCAAAUUGCUCGUUACACAGCGCAAGCAGACUUGGUUUCAUUAUGUCGCGUCUGUAGAGCUCUACAACGCCCCGCUGAAAGCGAGCUUUACGAAAAUCUCGUCUUACGCGACGCCCUAGUAGCAUACCAGGCAUAUCUAGCCCUCGUCGCCAACAACGGCAUCCGCGGCACAUACGUGCGGCGCUUUUGGUUUCUACAAGACGUUCGGCGCCGUAGCAUUGGCUUUCUGCGCUCUUCAAAGUUCUGGGAGGCCCUCCAAGCCGCGCUCAUCACCACAGUUAACCUGGAAUAUCUGUACAUUCUCGAUCCGUCUGCGCGUAAUGCGUGGAUCCUGGACUCUCCCGAUUUUAAAUUUCAAUUGCUUGAAGCCAACCUCCACAUGGCCUGGGACACACAUAUGGUGGCGUUUCUCCAGGGUCAACGCAAGCUACGCUUUUUGCAUGUCAAGGAUUCGCUUGACGAGGGGCCGCUUUGCGCCCUUGGUCCCGAUAGCCUGCAGUCACUGGCGCAGUUCAGUGGGCCUGUGUUGGUUUUGGCUGAGCUCCUUGCAUGCCCGCUCACACACGUGCAGAUCGCUUUAGAGGAAGAGACCACCGCGGCAUUAUUGCCCACGGUAGUUUCGGACCUGGGCAGGGUCAUGAAAAAUCUCCGCAGCCUAAACGUGCUAUACUGGCCCGAAGUCAUCCUCAUCGAGACCCUAGAACUCAUCUCAGUAUCCGUGUUCGGACCUUCGCUACGGUACCUCGGGACCAUCUCGUAUCCAAUGAUGGAUCGCCACGAUAUACACCGGUGCCUGGUACCCAUGCGCAAUCUUGAGAUAAUCGACUUAGAUUUGACUGCAUGGAUGCCCCCUCCGAUAGACAUCUUCCAGCGCAUGCUCGCCACGGAACUUCGUACAUUCUGCCCUUCCUUGAACUAUAUUUUGUUCUGGAUGAAGAGUGGGUGGCGCAGUCCGCUAGCCGUUCUGGAGAGCAUCUGUGGCGCAACGUUUGAGGUGUUGUCGCUAGUAGUCGUUCCAACGCGGUUGCAGCGCAUUACGGUGCCACGGAGCAGUUGUGGAUGGAAAAACGGAGCAUCUGGACCAAUUCUAGUAAAGUGUGGCGGUGGUUAUAAGCCGGUUGGUGUGAUGGGCGGCGCCGUCUUCUGGCGGCUCAUCGUGUGGGCGUUCUUUCUUGCAGAUAUGUAG